AUGGACCUCGAUGCGGCCGAUGACAAGGCGAAUGGCGAUGAUGCAUUUGCAGCAGCCCGUUCUACCACCAUCCCCGGCGACCUUAUCACAGACGACCCGCAGUUCAUGCGCGGCCACGGAACCUACAUACUCGAUCAAUCAACGCAAAUCAAGUCAUCUCUCAUUGGCACCGUCAGCAGAGUCAAUAAACUGCUGAGCAUCACUCCAUUCAAAUCACGAUUCCUACCAGAGAUUGGAGAUCUAGUGGUUGGCGUUAUCAAGGAAGUCGGUCUCAAACGCUGGAAGGUCGAUAUCGGAGCGCGGCAAGAUGCGAUCCUUCAACUGGCAAGCAUCAAUCUGCCAGGCGGUAUUCAGCGUAGGAAAACAGGGACCGAUGAGUUGGCCAUGCGCAGUUUCUUCGAGGAGGGCGAUCUUCUGCUGGCAGAGGUACAAAACUACUUUGGUGACGGCAGUGUCAGUCUACAUACUCGCUCGCUCAAGUACGGAAAGCUACGCAACGGUCAAUUCGUACGCAUCGCACCGCAACAUGUGCAGCGUUCCAAGACGAGUGCGGUCCAGCUGGGACAGCAUGUUGAUCUUGUGCUUGGAUCAAACGGCUUUUGCCAUGUAUCUCUGCACUCCGAUACUUCUCUGACAGGGAGUGCCAACACGGCAGCCCAGAGCGGCUACAACGCUCACAAUAAUACCACGCAAGAGGCAAGUGAGCGCAUUUACUCAAACAUCAAUGCAGACAUCCCUGCACGCGCACGCGAAGACAUCACCAGAGUCAGGAAUAUAUUACAAGCGCUUGAUAUGGAAGGCAUUCGAAUGGACGCGGCCACCAUGAAGCGCGUCUAUGAAGCUAGUCAAGUCAUCGGCGACGUCUGGGAAAUCAUGUCACCAGACAUGCGCAAACGACUCGCAGCAGAAGCGGCAUUUUCACAAUGA